AUGGCAUUUAUCAGACAUCCGACAUAUGCAGAGCAACAGCAUGAUAUUGAAUCGAUUCUAUCCAAAUUAUCGAUUAAAACUAUUGAUCAAGUUCUCGAACCAUUAGGUCAACGUUGUAUGAAAUUUGAAAGAUUGCAAACAUCUGGUCGUGUAAAUUUUCUGUAUAACCUACGAACACAACCUAUAUUAGAAUCUAAUUCAACAUCUUACAAUGAAUUGAUAUUAAAAAUAGCGCAUCCACAUCGCUAUUGA